AUGGUGUGGUCGGAGCAUCAAGUAGUGGUAGUGCGUCGUCCGAGGGGAAAAGUUCGAGUUCUACCGACAUUCACUCCAACCACACUGAAACUAACAGACAAAUUUAUUCCCACGUAUAAAUCGGAGGAUGUGUUUCAGCGGUAUGCACGCAACUGUUUUAUCCAUCGUUUAUUGAAUAAAGCAUUUCGUCUGAAAAAUAUUGAUGUAUUAUUCAUAUUUCGUUUUUUUAUUCGAGAUUUAUACGAAGAAUUAAAAAAGUUGCAUACUACUUCAGUUGAUGAAGACGACAAAGUGGCUACUCUUCGAGUUUAUCGUGAUCAACAAUUAAGAACUGAUCAAUUAGAACGUAUAAAAUCGUAUCCAGGUGGUUUUAUUUCAUUAAACAGUUUUGUUUCCACUAGUCUUUUUCAAGCUCUUGCGCUGAAUUUUGCCUUUUGUGGAGACCAAACAAAAUCAAUUCUGUUUGAAAUAGAAGCCGAUCAACGUCUGUCAACAAAACUAUUUGCUGAUAUGUUAUUCAAAAGCACUGUGAAGCAUGAAGUAGAAGUUUUAUUUACGCCUGGUUUCAUUUUUCGUAUUAGCCAAAUUGAUUAUAAUCCUAUAAUUAAACUCGUUUUAUGCAGUAAUGAUCCUGAUUAUCAGUUAAAACAAGUGUAG